AAGAUUGCCGAAGGCAUGGUCGUCUUCACUUCGGCCACCGACUGCCCGUCACAGAUAUCGCUUGAACAAGUGACCGCAAGUCCAGCUAAAUAUGCCUACCCGCAACAAGCUAUGGCUCGAUCUGGGACGUACGUGCAACUUGAGCCUCGGAAACCUGGGAAUGGGCCUCGUCAUCGGCAUAAGAGGUGUUGCUUUGCUGGACAUGGCUGAGAUAUACGGAACAAGCAUCGCCAGCAUAUCGUACCUCAUCACCACUUGCGGCGUGGGCAAUCUCAUCGGCUCUCUACUUGGAGGCAAGCUACACGACACGUACAACACGCAGUUGGUCUCGAUUUUGGCAAUGGCAGCUACCUGCAUCACGGUGACCAUGAUUCCACUGAGCGGCAUCCUAGCACUGGCACACGUUAACAUGUUUCUGUGCGGGCUGUGUAUGGCUGCGUUUGCCACUGGUGCGAACGUCUGGAUCAUCAGGAUGUGGACAGAGAAAAGCAGCCCGGCGCUGCAACUCUACCACUUGGCCUUCGGUAUCGGUGGCUUCGUGGGUCCAUUCAUCGCGCGACCAUUCCUGUCGAAUAGCGACGGCGGCAAUGCGACCGCACCGAACACUACCGACAACGUAUACCUGACCCACAGCAACAUCGCUUUCUCGCCUGUCAACUUGGUAGAUCUGGCCAAUAGCUCCACCGCUCAAAAUGGCACGGGCGAGUCGAGCGUUUACUAUGCAUUCGGCAUCGUCGGAGCAUUUUAUUUGAUUCUGACUGUUUCUAUGAUCGUGCUUUACAUUAUAGACAAUGCGGACUUCAAACCUUCCACACCUGAAGGUGAGAGCUCUACGGCUGCUGAGGAACCACCUAACUCUGCCCGCUUUACCCGAAUCAUUGUGGCAACAAUGUGCGUCUACAUAGGCAUUUACGUCGCACUCGAGUGUACCACGUCCCAGAUGGUGGCCUCAUUUGCAGUAAAGAGCCAGCUCCACUUCUCGAAGUCGUUGUCUUCUCGCGUGGAAUCUGUGUUCUUCUUCUCCUUCGCCGCUAGCCGCCUCACCGCAAGUCUGAUUACAAUCAAAGUUUCCGCCUUCUGGAUGCUAGUUUCAGCGCACGUAAUUCUUCUACCCACGGCCGUGACGCUCGCGCUAUUGGGUUCCAGCAACUCCAUGGUGCUCUGGGUCAGCAGCGCUCUCUUUGGUGUCGGACAAGGACCGAUCUACGCUGCUUUAAUAUCCUGGACGUCCGGGCACAUCAAUCUAAACAACAAGAUGAUGUCUCUAGCUGCUGUCACCGAAUGCAUCGGAUCAAUGUCAGCGCCGGUUAUUGUAGGGCAGUUUCUGGACAAGGACCCUAACGUGUUCCUUUAUGUGUGUCUUACGACUGUUGCGUUGUGUGCGGUUAUUUUCAUUUCUAUGUAUCUCUACGUAAGAAGAGCGCGACACCGAAGCGAUGACAAAGAACUGCUAGUCAACGAAACUGACAACUAGCAUAACGACAGGUUUCAAUAAACCUUCGAGGUUUGCCUCAACAUGUGUUAUCAUACGGCUACCUAAAGUGCACCACGAGUUGGUGCUUGCCCUGAGGCUUGCCCCGUCGUGCUAGAGCACUGCUAUAUAAGUUAAGGGUUGAGUCUGUGUUGGUGCGCGAACGCCUAUACCGACAAGGGCAUGUGGACAGUCCGUCGUGUACGUUUUGUGGCUCCUGUGAGACACUUGAGCAUCUCGUUUUAGAGUGACCCGCAUUCCGCAUUGCUAAUUAAGGAAUAUGGAUUUAUUGGACUGCAAUAUGCGACCCUUAACGAUUGCCUAUUUCCAAGGGGGUGCGCUUCCCGACGUGACCAGGCCCUGCUAACUUUUCUGAAGGACACUGACUUGGCCUCCCGUUUUGUAGACAUUAUUUGUCUUUUGUUUUGUUCUGUCUGUGUCUACGUCAUUUAUCUAUUUCCUCUUUUCUUUCCUCAUGUUUUCAUUCUCUCUAUUCCCUCCUUCUGAAAGAGUAGGCAGACGUUGUGCCCCUCUCGGUGACAGUUGUCAGCUUGCUCCCUCCGUAUUUCCUUCGUGUCCUCGUGUUAUAUGUGUACAAACCAAAUAAUAGUCCGUGUCAACAGGGACAUUUGGCAUGUAAAUUACCUAUAUUUUUGGAGAAGCCUCUUUAUUUCUCAUUUUAUAGCUAACUUUAUAUUUCCGAAAAUGCAAACACCUCUACACCCGCUUUGGUGUAGCGGCGUUGCCGUGGCGCUUUGGUCGCGGCGGUCACAUUCCGGUCAUGGCGGUCGCUUUUCAAUAUGGACGAAAUACAAAAACACCCAUGUACCGUGCACGGUAACGAACCACAGG